AUGGAUGACGAACAACUUCUCGAUUACGAAGAGGAACAGGAGGAAACUCAUGAGCCCAAGGCUGCUGAGAAUGGAUCUGGAGACGCCAAAAAGAUCAAGGGUAAUUAUGCUUCAAUCCACAGCAGUGGUUUCCGAGACUUCCUUCUCAAGCCAGAGCUCUUGAGAGCCAUCAUCGACUGCGGAUUUGAGCAUCCAUCUGAAGUGCAACAUGAGUGUAUACCGCAGGCAAUCUUGGGUAUGGAUAUUGUCUGUCAAGCUAAAUCUGGUAUGGGCAAGACAGCUGUGUUUGUCUUAGCUACCCUUCAGCAGUUGGAACCCGUUGAUGGAGAGGUGUCAGUAUUGGUCAUGUGUCACACUCGUGAACUCGCUUUCCAAAUAUCGAAGGAAUACGAGAGAUUCAGCAAGUACCUAUCUGCCAUCAAAGUGGCAGUAUUUUUUGGUGGUAUGCCUAUUAAGAAGGACGAGGAUUUACUGCGCACGAACUGUCCUCAUAUAGUAGUGGGGACACCUGGCCGAACCCUUGCUCUUGCAAGAUCUGGAAAACUGAAGCUUGAUAAAAUCAAGUAUUUCGUGCUCGAUGAAUGUGACAAAAUGAUCGGGGAUGCUGAUAUGCGCCGUGACGUACAAGAGAUCGUGAAGAUGACACCACAGGAAAAGCAAGUGAUGAUGUUCUCCGCCACACUUCCGAAGGAGCUGCGCAUCGUCUGCAAGAAGUUCAUGCAAGAUCCUAUGGAAGUUUAUGUUGAUGACGAAGCAAAGCUCACCUUGCACGGUCUACAACAGCAUUAUGUGAAAUUGAAGGAAACUGAGAAGAACAGGAAAUUGUUAGAGCUCUUAGAUCUCCUCGAAUUCAACCAGGUGGUUAUCUUCGUGAAGUCGGUACAGCGCUGUGGCGCGCUCCACCAGCUUCUUUCUGAACAGAAUUUCCCUUCUAUAGCCAUUCAUAGGCAGAUGCCACAGGAAGAGCGUCUUGCACGUUAUCAAGCCUUCAAGGAUUUCCAGAAACGUAUUUUGGUCGCGACUGAUUUGUUCGGAAGAGGGAUGGACAUUGAAAGAGUUAACAUCGUUUUCAACUAUGAUAUGCCCGAGGAUUCAGACUCUUACCUUCAUAGGGUAGCUCGAGCGGGUCGAUUCGGAACCAAAGGACUUGCCAUUAGUUUCGUGUCGGACGAGGCUGACGCGAAAACUCUUAACAGUGUGCAGGAUAGGUUCGACAUCAGCAUUACGGAGCUGCCAGAAACAAUUGAUGUUUCUACCUAUAUCGAGGGCAGAACGAACUAA